UCACUCAAACCCCCAGAACUGAGCCUCUACUUUGAUCAAUCCUCUUUGGCGUUUACGCUCUUUAGUCAGAAAAUCAUAGCGGUGGCGCAUGAACUAAUCCAGAGAAAUUACGUGACCAAAUAAUAAAAGACACAAGCCGACAGCGUCGAUAUUUUUGAGAGACCAUGAAUGUAAAUAAAACAGAGCAACUGAAAAAUUCAAUUCUAUGAUCCCAUUGUACAGGUUCGAUUUUAUCUCAAAUUUUCAGGAAAUGUGCCUAAGCAGUGUAAGAAUCGAAUGAAUGAGGAAUGAAAUAGUGAUAAACCUUUCUAAUCCAGUUUUUUCAUAAAUACCGGCGCGUGGAAAAAUUCGCCGGGAAAAUGAUUGAGCUUCAAAUCGAUCCAUCGCACUGUACGCGUCCGAUGUUUCUCAAAUUUCCAGGAAAUGUGAUUAAAGAGUGCAAGAAUCGAAUAGAAAAGAAAAGAAAUGGUGCUAAACCUUUCUGAUCGAGUUUUAUAGUGAAUGCCGACGGGUUAGGACCUGGCGGGUGCAAAAAUUUGGGAACUUUGGUCAACGAGUGUAUCCAUCGAAAUGAUAAUUAUGUGAAAGUCCAUACAUUAAAAACGAAUGGAGUCGGCUUAUUUUUGAUAAAUUGUAGAAUAAAAAACACUCCAAAAAUCAUAACUGAGUCCCAGGUUGCGUCGAAAGAUAAAGAAAAAUUUUGACGAGAUCAAUCAAAUCAAUUAUAAGGUCGAAAAACAAAUAGAUAACUCGAUUCUCAAUGAUAAGAAGCUCAUCAAUUUUACUGGACGGCUAUAUUUCUUACAAAGAUAUGCCGGAGUGAGAUAUUCCGAUGAAUUUUUAUAUUCAACAUAAAAUUGUAUCAAUGAAAUUUUGGAACGCACUACGUGAUAAUAUCAUGUCCUAGAUGUUAUAAAGUUCUGACAUUUGGAAAGUUUGUGGACGAUACUGGAAAGCCUUGUCAAACCGUGUGCGGUAUAUACAAGGUUGUGUGCAGCUGCAUUACGGUACUAUAGAACUGCAGUGCAGUUGAAUCAUUAUUUAGUGAUUGUCACAUUUAAUGAAUUAUAUAUUACAUUAUUGUAAUAAGUGAUCUGUCCCCGUAGAAUAUUCUGAUGGAGGACGGAGUGAGAUUUCGUCAGAAUCGCGUGUUCAAGAACUCUGAUGAGGCCCUUUAUACUCUUCCAGGUGCCACAAAGAGGAGAAAAACUUUAACAGAUAACACACAAUAUCUUCUCUUCGUUCUUAUAUUUUUUUUAUCGGCCUCCAUAAUAAUUAUUGUGGUGGAAAAGUAUCUUCCUGAGCCACAACUAAUCAGUAGCGAAGGCUCGUACCCAGGAAGAUUUGUAGCUGAACGCGCCAGGAAUCACAUCGUUAAUUUGACAUCCCUUGGUCCUCGAGUUGCGGGAAGUUAUGAAAAUGAAGUUCUGGCUGUUCGUUAUCUUACCACCGUUAUUAAUGACAUUGCUCAAACAGCCAGUCCUAAUCACAGAAUAACUGUUGACAUCACGAAACACAGUGGAGCUUUUCCACUUACAUUUUUGGAUGGCAUGACAAAUGUGUAUAGAAAUGUACAGAAUGUUAUCGUCAAACUAGGACCUAAAAAAUAUGCUGAACAUAGUCUACUGUUGAACUGUCACUUUGAUACAUUUGUAGAAAGUCCUGGAGGGUCUGACGAUGGAGCCGGCUGUGCGGUUAUGCUAGAGAUACUUCGAGUGAUGGCUCAAAGUCCCAAGAUGUUCAAGUAUAACAUAAUUUUUUUAUUUAAUGGUGCUGAAGAGAACUUACUACAGGCCUCCCAUGGGUUUAUAACGCAGCAUUUAUGGGCUAAAGAAGUGAAAGCGUUCAUUAAUUUGGAGGCUUGUGGGGCUGGAGGGAGAGAACUACUUUUCCAGGCGGGACCUGAUGAUCCAUGGAUGAUUGAGAUCUAUUCAGAAACAGUUCCAUACCCGUAUGCCUCUUCAUUGGCGCAGGAAAUAUUUCAGAGCGGAAUAGUUCCAGGAGAUACGGAUUUUCGGAUAUUCAGGGAUUUUGGAAAAAUUUCAGGAGUGGAUUUCGCGUGGUCAACGAAUGGCUACGUUUACCACACUCGUUUCGACACAGUCCACCAGAUUCCUUUAGGAUCUCUUCAACGAACUGGUGACAAUAUCUUGGCCCUCUCACAAGGAAUUACAUCAGGCCACUACCUUGGGAACACAUUCCUUCAAACCACCGCCAGCGGUCUUGUAUUCUUCGACUUUUUGGGAGCCUUCGUUGUCCGGUGGCCCCAGUACGUUGCUAGCAUUGUAAAUCUUCUGAGCAUUUUCGCUGGUGCCUACUCAAUAUACCUGAAUAUUCACUAUAUUCGAAGGGAAUUGAAAUCCUAUACCUACAUUCUUCAAGUUUUCGUGUGCAUCGGAAUAAUUUUGAGCUCGUGGUUGAUCUCAUUAUUCUCGGUGACGUUCAUCGCUCUAGUUUUUACGAAGCUUGGAAAAGUAAUGAGUUGGUACGCUAGACCAGCUUGGUUAUUUUUUUUGUAUGUUUGCCCAACAGUUUCUAUAUCAAUGCUGUGGUUCAUGUUCGCCGCAAGGUAUCAACGUAAAGAAGUACAAUCCCCGUGGAUUUUGUAUCAAAUGUACAGCGAUGCUUAUAGUAUCAUCUGGAUGCUGAUUCUAUUUUGCUGCCUUAUAUUGGAAAUACGGUCGGGAUUCAUUCCUCUCCACUGGGUGAUCUUUCCCGCUAUUGGAAAUAUAAUUAGACACGGUUUCUUUGAAAAAUGGAGAGACUGGAGAUGGAUAUGUUAUCAAGUUGGAGUCUUGAGUUUACCAUAUAUUCAAUCCUUUUAUCUAUCCAUUGGAGCUCUUAAUUUAUUCAUACCCAUCAUGGGACGCUCUGGCGCUAGCAUUAACUCCGAAGUCGUUAUUGCAAAUAUGAUUUCGAUUUUAUUUUGCCUCAUGCUGAGUUUCACAAUGCCAAUAGUGUUAUUGGUUCGAAAUGCUGGACGAGUCAUCAGUGUGGUUAUUGGACUGUUCUUAUUAUCAGCAGCUGUGCUUAUCCUGACUCCGCUAGGAUUUCCAUACAGUGGAGAUGUCACUUCACCUGCUCCGCAACGAUUUAUGAUUAUUCAUACUCAAAGACACUAUUAUGAUGCACAAGGCAGCAUUCGAUAUUCAGGUACAGGGUACUGGAUUGUUGACUUGGAUAUGAAUAGCCCACAUAGUGUGCAAGCUAUGGUGCCGGAAGUUGGGGCUAUCAUACCUACUACCAAAGACUGCGAAGAACAGCUAUUCUGUGGCUUACCAUACUUGAUGCCUGUCACAACAUUUUUAUGGAAAACUAGUUGGAUUCCAGGGCCUGCCCCUAUCAUAAAUAUUCCGACAAAACUUCAUUUGGUAUCUAAAAUAAUUAAUAAGGAUCAUGCGACAUUCACUUUUAAUGUAACAGGUCCUGAUCAUAUAGGAAUAAUAAUAUCUCCCUACAAAGGCGUGAAAUUGAAUCAAUGGACAAUACUGGACGGCGACCCUUUAGCGUGCCCUUCAUGGAACAACAGAGAAGUCUACUUUGUCUACUAUGCCUGUGCCUCAGACUGCAUUCCUUAUAAUUUUUCAAUAAAACUGAAAGUGCCGCAAAACCAUGAAGGGCCAAUUCUGACAAUCGCCUUAGCAGGACACUUCCUGCAUGGUGAAAAUCAACAAUCUUCGAAAUUCAAGAGGUUUCUCCGCCAAUUUCCUCCUUGGACUGUAAUCACUCCUUGGACAGCUUCGUACACUUCAUGGGAAUUUUAGUAACAAUAGAGAAAAUGCAUUAGAAACACAAUUUCCAGCGUAUCACAUUUGCUUAAUUCAAUAAAGUCAGUAUCGAAUCGUUUAAGUGUUGAAAAAAGGCCCCUAUUCCAUUUCGGACUAGUAGAAAGUUUUUGUGAUUAUAUUGGUCUGUUUUCUACUUCACUUUAAGGUGCGGAGAAAUUCGAAAAUAAUGAGUUCUUUUGCCAAUUUUUAACGGAAUUUACUGCAAGAACAAUUAGGAAUUUUUAUUUAACAAUAUGUUAUCAACUGAGGAAGUAUAUAUACACAUUUAUAUAUUUGGUCUAUACACCACUUGUAUUGAAUUCUCCGAAGACCUCAAAAUAUGAGAUAAAGGCAACUCCGGAACAACAAGGGCAGUUUUAACAAACAAAAAUAAAAAAUAACCCUUUGUAUUUUCAU